GUAUAUAAAGCAGAGGCAUGGGGCUGUGUAGUAAGUAGGGAAACAGUAGGCAGGUCAGGAUCCUUUCAGGCUGAGCGCAGGUAGAAGCUGAAGGUGUGUCAGCAAGUGACUGACAUGGAUCUUUACACGCUGGUCACCAGCACCCUCUGCACCUUGGUGCUGCCAGUGCUACUCUUCUUCACCGCAGUCAAGUUGUGGGAGCUGUACUGCCUGAGCCAUAGGGACCCUGGCUGCAAUCGCCCGCUGCCACCGGGCACCAUGGGGCUGCCCUUUUUCGGAGAAACGCUGCAAAUGGUCCUGCAGAGACGGAAAUUCCUCCAGCUGAAGCGCAGGAAGUAUGGGCACAUCUACAAGACGCAUCUGUUUGGAACUCCCACGGUGCGCAUCAUGGGCGCAGAGAACGUGCGCCAGAUCCUGCUCGGAGAGCACAGGCUGGUGUCUGUGCACUGGCCGGCAUCGGUCCGCACCAUCCUGGGCUCAGGGUGCCUGUCCAACCUCCAUGACUCCCAGCACAAGAACAUGAAGAAAGUCAUCAUGCAAGCCUUCUCCCGAGAGGCGCUUGAGAACUACGUGCCCGUCAUCGAGGAGGAGAUGCGCUGCGCAAUGGACCUGUGGCUGCAGAGCGGCUCCUGCGUCCUGGUCUACCCGGCGGUCAAGCGCCUGAUGUUCCGCAUAGCCAUGAGGAUCCUCCUCGGCUUUGAGCCCGAACAAAUGGACGCUGCAUUGGAGCAGCCACUGGUUGAAGCCUUCGAAGAAAUGAUCCGGAAUCUCUUCUCUCUCCCCAUUGAUGUCCCAUUUAGCGGCCUCUACAGGGGUCUGAGGGCUAGGAAUAUUAUCCAUGCCAAAAUUGAAGAGAACAUCAAGGAAAAGCUGCGGAAGGAACCAGAUGGCUCCUGCAAAGAUGCUCUGCAGCUGCUGAUUGAUCACAGCAGACGGAGUGGCGAGCCUGUGAACUUACAGACACUGAAAGAAUCCGCAACAGAACUUCUGUUUGGGGGCCAUGGGACCACAGCCAGUGCAGCCACAUCCUUAAUCACGUUCCUUGGGCUUAACAAGGCAGUUGUGCAGAAAGUCCGGGAAGAGCUUGAGUCAAAGGGUCUUUUAUCCAAUAAACCUGGUGAAAAGAAGGAUUUGACAAUAGACCUACUACAACAACUUAAAUACACUGGCUGUGUCUUGAAGGAAACUCUCCGACUAAGCCCACCAGUUCCAGGAGGAUUUCGAGUUGCACUAAAAACAUUCGUAUUAAAUGGUUAUCAGAUUCCGAAAGGCUGGAAUGUUAUAUAUAGCAUUGCAGACACUCAUGAUGUUGCAGAAAUCUUCCCUAACAAAGAUGAAUUUGACCCAGAUCGCUUUUUAACUCCUUUUCCCGAAGACGCCUCCCGAUUCGGCUUCAUUCCAUUCGGCGGAGGUGUGCGCAGUUGUGUAGGCAAAGAGUUUGCCAAAAUCCUCCUAAAGAUUUUUAUCGUUGAGUUGUGCCGAAAUUGUGACUGGGAGCUGCUAAAUGGGCCGCCAGCCAUGAAGACUGGUCCAAUUGUCUAUCCUGUGGACAAUCUUCCAACACAAUUCAAACCCUUCCAUAGCACGGCUUAAACCCCCAACUCAUAUUUAACCCUGCCCCAACAAAGUAUAUAUGUAUAACAUCAUAAAUUGUAUAUAGUGGCUUUUAUAAACUCACUUAUUUUAUAUUUAAUUUGUACAGUAUGCUAGUUAUUUAUACAUUUAUUGUCAGUCAAAAAAGUAACUUUAUGAACUUACGAGCACUCAAAGUGGGUCUGAACCCAUAGUUUGUUUCUGUAGAUAAAGCUCUUAAAAUGCCCCUUUGCAUUUGUAUCACUGGGUAUGUUAGUACCUCUGUAAAUGUGUUCUGUAUAUUAUGAACUUAAUGUGCUGCAAUAAAAUAUCUAUAUAACAA